AUGGACGCCUCAAAGAAGCACGGACUGGCGCAGGACCGCCAAUCGACAAGUGCAACGACUGAUGACGUGGUAUCAACCGCACGAGAAGCCGUUCGAAAUGCUGAGCAGGAGUAUGAAAGAAAGCAUGUAGAAACACAAAAAGCAAAAAUCAACCUGGCACAGUGUCUCCAAGCUCAUGGCGACUUCGAAGAGGCCUUGUCUCUGUCAAGGACUGUCUUGAGCAAGGCCCAGGACACAUUCGGCCCCCGCGAUCCUGAGACUUUCUCCGCAAUGCAUCAUCUCACUGUUCUGCUGGCAGAGCAGAGGCGCACUGCCGAAUUUGAGACGACUGCGAGGACGCUUAUAAAGGAUGGCGCCGACGCUCUCGGCGACAAUCACCCAAUUGUCAUCAAGGUGACGGCGGCCCUCGGCCUCAUGUUACGGCGCCAGAGUCGUUUGGAAGAGGCGGAGAAGCUCAUGAGGGACGCAUUCGAGAUGUCAGAAAGAUCUUAUGGCUCCAACGACGAAAGAAUUCUUGAGAGUAUUGAUGAGCUUGCAAGGACACUCUUGCUCCGUGGAAAGGUGGAGGACUCUGAGUCGGCAGUGGAAGAGGCAGAGCUGAUGAUGGAAGAAGCGCUCGACGCGAGCGAGAGGCUGCUUGGCACUGACAAUACUAAAACGAAUUGGAGACGAGCUGAACUGGCCUCCACACGGCUUUUCAUGGGAAAAACUCACGAGGCGGAGGAGUUGAUGGAGGGGGCGCUCCAGAGAUAUCGGGAGUCGCUGGGCGAACACCAUCCAGACACGAUAUGGGCCCAAGCAUUCCUUGCGACUACAGAUGCCGAGAUCCAGGAUAUUGUCAAGAAGAGCGCAAAGGCCCUUCACGACGGGCUGCCGAGAGUGAAUGUCAUGAUAACUUCGCUCAUCGACAAUUUCACAGAUCAGGGCCGCUCCAAGGAAGCGGAAGUGCUGGCGCGGGCCAUGCUCGAGAACAGCCUUCGCGAUCAUGGAAACGAUCAUUCCGACACCAUCGAUCAACGGGAGAAAUUGGCAGCCUUGCACCAGCGCAUGGGCAACCUCGACGCAUCCAGCCGGCAACGUAGAAUGGCUUUGCAAAGUCGCCAGCGAAUCUUUAGUCAUAAUCACACGGGAACGAUCGAGGCGGUGGACCUGUUUGCCAACGUGCUCAAGGACCAAGGAAAAUGGGAGGCCGCAGAGACCGUCUGCUGGGAUUUCUUUGCCGUCUAUCCGACGCCUGACCAGCCAAACCAUUUUGCCCUCGCGCUAAUGGCAACACAUGCCAUCAUCUUGAAGCAGCUGCAGAAAUAUGAAUUAGCGGAAAAGAUCAUGUCCGAAGUUCUACGGCAUAGGAGAACGAUGAAUGGGAACGACCACAAUCUUACCGUCUGGGUAGUGGCUUGGCUGGGCGGCCUAUAUAUCGAACAAGGCGCAUUCUCGCAAGCAGAGCCUUUGAUCAGGGAGACGUAUGAGAGUAAGAAGCGGGUGCUCGGUGAUCAGCAUGUUGGCACUCUGAUCGAGGGCAGGAGGCUGGUUGAAACCAUUAGUCGUCGGACCAUAGCCAGCGAGGACGUCGCAUUCGUCAGCGAUCUUUAUGAAAAGUUCGCUCAGAUAUUUGGCCACGAGCAUGAAGAGUCAAUUCUCCUCGGGCAGCAGCUCGCGAUCCUCUUGAAUAAGCAAGGGAAGUCUGAUGACGCUGACGCGCUCAUUGCCACGGUCGUCGAGCGCCGUCGAGCUGUCUCUGGUGACCACAAUCUGGCCACUUUGUGGGUCAUCUCGUGCCAAUUAGGCAUGCUUCAGGAACAUCGGAAGUACGACGAGGCAGAGCCUAUAGCUGAAGGGCUCUUGGCGGCGACACGGAAGAUUGCCGGUGAAGACCACCUUACCUCCAUUCGGGCCCAGAACACGCUCGCCAUUGUCAAAUUGCACCGGAAGGCUCUAGAUGACGCAGAAACUCUGGCAAGAGACUCGUUGGAACGAAGUUUACGGAUAUAUGGUAAGGGAGCUCAAGAAACCACCGAGUCGGCGUCCACCCUAGCCACCGCACUUGCCGGCCAAGGCAAGUUUGAGGAGGCGGAGACGUUGUUGAGCACUACCUACCGUAUGGGCAAGCGCCGCAGAGGGGGGAAGGACGAAGAUACAGUCGAGCUGAUGGAAAAUCUUGUCCAUGUUUUGAAGAAGGCUGGAAAACACGGCGAGGCAUUGAAAUGGGCGAGAAAGCUAUACGAAGCUUGUCAACAAACGUUGCGCGAUGACGAUCGCGUGACUCUCAGAGCACGAGAAAAGGUUGAAUGUCUGCGAGGUGAAAGGCAACCGGGUGGCGAGGGCGAUGUCACGGUGCCGCAAUCUGUUGAUGACUCAACGAGGGGUUUUGGGAAUGGCCAGUCUAAUGCGGUGCAAGUGGUGAAGUUAUUGGACCCUCCAGCAGUAUUGGCCCGAGCGGCAGCUGCAAGGGAAAUUCCAAGGGAAGAGAAACAGGAUCUGAAGGGAGAGUGUCCUGACCUGAUGUGGAUACAGAAAUUACACGUUGAUUUGGCAUUAUCGGAUUCCAAGAGUUAA